AUGGUUCGCCUCAGCUAUUUCCUCUCUUUGGCCUUGGCUGCUCAAGGACUUCACGCCGCUCCCACUGCCCAGGGUCUCAUGGAGACCCGAGAUGUCGUCCUCCCUCGUCAGCGAAACAGCCCGGCCCAACAAGGCCAGAGCAGCCCGGUUCCCGCUGGCGGGAAGGCCGCCGCCGACGCCCAGGCCGACAAGAUUUCCAAGACGCCUGACCCGUUCCCCAACCCGCAGACCGAAGGCCAGCGCCAGGGAAACCGCGGCAGCACCAAGUUCGACCCGUCCCUGGCCAACCUCGGCCGGGAGCCCGCCGGCGGCAAGGAGGCCUCGGAGAAGGAGGCCGACCGCAUCUCCAAGACACCCGACCCAUUCCCCAACCCGCAGACCGAAGGCCAGCGCCAGGGAAACCGCGGCAGCACCAAGUUCGACCCGUCCCUGGCCAACCUCGGCCCGGAGCCCGCCGGCGGCAAGGAGGCCGCGGAGAAGGAGGCCGACCGCAUCUCCAAGACACCCGACCCGUUCCCCAACCCUAAUACCGAGGCCCAGCGUCAGGGGCAGCGCGGUGGCACCAAGUUCAAGGACACGCCCGAAGGCCAGGCUGCGGCGGCGGCGGCCGACAAGGCCAAGAGCCCGUCGGCGGAACCUGCUGGUGGCAAGGAAGCUUCAGAGAAGGAGGCCGACAGGAUCUCCAAGACUCCUGAUCCGUUCCCCAACCCUAAGACUGAAGCGCAACGACAGGGGGACCGCGGCAGCACCAAGUUCAAGGACACGCCCCAGGGCGCAGCUGCCGCUGCCGCCGCCGCCGGCCGAGGCGGCCGCCAGUAA